AUGUAAUUGGUUCAAAGCAAUGUUUGUGUUGCAUCAUUCGACCUUGCUCAAGAAGCAAUUAAAGUUUAAAUUACUGAAAGAUAAGGUGAUAGUAAAUAAGCUAAUGUGAAAUUAUAGAUCAAUCUAACAGAAGAUAGUUUGAUCACUCAUUUAGUUUUAAAAUGGAGUGAUACUCCAAUAAAAGGAUUUGCAUUUACAUCUUUAGAAUGUUUGGAUUGCUUUGAUUAAACUUAUAAUCGUCUAAUCAAUAGCAAAGAGGUGGUGAAUACUGAAUAAUGUAGUGGUUAAUACAAGAUUGUGGGUCUUGGAUUUGGUAGAAAACUCAGACUUUCUUUUGGUGUUUGUGAACCUCCUCAAUAAUUAGAAAAUAAGUUAAAAGCUAAACUAACAAUCUAAGUUUUUGGAUAUUAGUUAUACUUAUCACCUGCUGCUAAUUAAAUGGUAGCCCUAUUAAACAUCAGUCAUAUCUUCAAAAAAAAUAACCGUGAAAUUAACUAAGCAGAAGCAGACAUUCUAUUGGGUUUAUCUCUUUUAUCUUCGAGAAGAUUUGUAUAAGCUGCUGAAAUAUUCAAGAAAGUAGCCAAUUUUUAUGCUGAAAAAGCUUAAAUUCUAGUUAAGCAAAAAGACUAUUAUUUUCUAAGGGCAAGUGGCUUAUAAAUAUUGAUAGCUGACUCAAUUAAUCAACCUUCAAUGCUAAAUGAGAAACUAUAAGCAUUAAAAUAAGCUGUCUAGUAUGUGAAUGUCCAAUAUGAUAGGACAUAGAUGUUGUAUACGUUAUAAAACACAGAUUCUUAUGAAUGCGUCCUAAGACUCUCAGAUGAUUUAAUUAAAAUUAUAAGCAGAGUGCUUUUAUUGGAGGAUAACUAAAACUUUGAUGCCUUAAGGAUGGCAAAUAUGAGAUGCUUGGAAUUCAUGAUAGAAUAGCUUGGUUGUGGUUUAGGUGGUCAGAUUAUCUAGAUUUUCAAGUUGUUUUUGAAGAUUUUGAAUUAAUAGUAAGGAUAAUUGAUUGUAGAAAUGAUCUAUAAAAUUGUUAAUAUGAUAUUACAAGAAUUAAGCCAAGCAACAUUAAAACUGAUAUAAGAGAUAUGGAAUCAAAUUGUUAUACAAGGACUAUUUGAUGUAAAUAAUGAAGGAUAGAAGUUAAUUAUGAAGGUUUGUGAGUAUUUAUUAUAAGCAGAUUAAGCCCACUUUCGAAUUGAUAUAAUAUUCUUAAAACAGUUAAAUUAAGUAGAAGAAUCAAAGAUAUGGAAUCUAGUAUUACAGAAUAUCAUACCUAAACAAAAUGAAAAAAAAAUUAGUAAAAUUAUUGCUUGGGUUAAUCAGCAAUUGAUAGAAUAGUUGAAUUUCACUAGCUAUAAUAAUCUACAGCAAUCUCAACAGUAUUAAAUAAUUAAACUGUUAUAAUUAAUAUCCAUAAUCAUCAGAUAAUAGAAGGAGGAAUCUUAGAUUCCAUUUUUUGAAGAGUUUCUAAACAAAUAAUUAACCAACACUAUAAAAAUUAAGUAACUCUACACUACAGCUAAUCAGAACUUAAUAACCUUGAAACCAAUUUUAAUCAAAUUAUUAGACUAAACAGUUAAGGGUAAGAUAUAAUUUGAUUGUUUUGAACUUGUAUGGAAUAUCCUAAUAGAAAUCUUAAUUGAAGGUAAUGAAUACGACCAAAUCUAUGAACUUAUCAAUCCAUUCUUGUAGAAUAUAUUUCUUAUAUGCUAAACUACAUCUCCUGGUUAAGAUAUUUUGGUCGUUUUGGAUAAAAUCCUAAAAAUUAUAUAAUUUUAGUGUCCUUAAUUGAUGUCUAAAUUUGAAUCCUAAAUUUAUUCAUAUGUUGAAAUAUUUUGUUAAAGAGUACCUCAUAGUAUUCAUGAUGAGACAUUUAAGAUAUUUGACAUUUUGAUUGCCUUUAGUUAAGAGUUUUUGGAUUAAGCAUUGAUAGAGAAAUGUGUGAUGGCAUUGAUUGAUUAAUACACAGUUAAGGGAUAAGCUUAAAAAUAAUCAAAGUAGAAUUUCAUAAAGAUGAUUGUUUAAUAUUAGACUCAUUUCAAUUCGUUGAUUUAAGUUUGUCUGAUAGAAAAUCAGGAACCUUAAAUUUAAUCAAAUUUAAUCUCAGAGAAUAAAAAGGAUUUCGGAUUUGACAGAAUGAAAGAUAAGAAAGAGUUUAGAUCUGAUAAUAAGUAAUUGACAUAAGAAUAUGAAAUUAUUAAUGAAAAGGUUUAAUUUAUUUGCGAAUUGUUUUCAGAAAUGGGAUAAUAAUUUAAGGUUGUGGCUUAAUUAAUUUUAAAUAAUUCUAAUUUUACCUCCUCUUUAAUUAAUUUAAUGAAAUCACUCAAUUCAAAGAUCAGAUAAAAAGGACACUUAAUACUGUAACUUUUGGUGGAAUGUUAUAUUAAUAUUGAAACUAGUACUAGAAUCAAAUUCUUUGAGGAUAGAAUCAUUUUUAUUAAAUUUAUCAAAGACAUCCUUACUCCAUCUCUUUAAGAUAAAACUGAUUCAAAAUGUAUACUAAAUUCAUUGCUUAUUUUGAAUAAUAUUUUCAAUCUUAAAUUCCAAAAGAGUGAAUAUUCUAAGGUCUUAGAAGAAGUAUCUUGUCUAUGGAAUGAGGUCUCAGACUUAAUAGACACUCCUUUCAAUAGUAUUUAUGUAUUAUUUUUUGAUCUCCUUAAUCAAUGGGGACAACUAUUAAAUAAAAUACCUAAUUCGACCAAACUUGAUGAGUUUAUUGAAAAGAUAUUUUUGUGGACCUAAGAAAAGUUGGAUUGUUAGGAACCAUGGCAUUAAUAUAAUAUAUUAAAAUUUUGUGGAUACAUCUUUGGAUUAGAUUCAGGCAAAAACUUUAGAGUGUUUCCUUCAAUCAAUUCUUCUUUUUUUGAACAAGCCAGUAAAUUGUAAAAUAGUUAAAAUAAAUAAUUGCAGUUAAUGUCUAUUGUCAUGAUUUAAUUGUGUACUCCUGAACAAAUAGCAAUUAGAAUUAUUUAAUAGAUGGCUGAACAAUACAAUCAAUUAAGACAUAGAUAGAAUAAAUAAAGAGACUAAAUUAAUAGAUAAUCUGAAAAUAUAAUCUAAUAAUUGUUUUAGAGGUAGAAUUCUGCUAAGGAUUUAAUGAUGCAAUCAGAUACUUUUGGAUCCACAUCUAUGGAUGAAUUUGAAUUGAAUCAAGAGGACUUUUUGUGGAUUCGUAAAGUUGAUUAGGAAGUGCUUUCACAAUGUUUACAAACUUUAUUUAUGUACUAGGUUCAAUAGGAGAGUAAGAUCAAACAAUCUGACAUUUUGGAUAAGGAAAUUAGUAUGAAGCAAAGCAAUAAUUUAAAUUAAAAUGGCCAUAAAAAUAUUCUUGAUGAUGAUCCAAUUGAUUUGGAUGAUUUGGGAAUUAUCGAAGUUGAUGAUGAAGAAUGGAAUGAGUAUGAUGAUUUAAGAAAGAUUCCAAUCUUAAAAGAAAGAAUCAAAACAAUUUCACCUCACAUUGGAAGCAGAACUCCGAAUGUAGGAAUAGGAAAACAAAAUUAGGAGAGGAGGUCGAGUGGCAAUAAACAGGUCUUUGAUUAAAGAAAAGGAGAGGUCGAAGAUCAAGUUUUGAAGACAUUAAGGCCACAUAAUCAAGUCUUUCGGCCAUUGACUCCUCCAAUCGGAUAGUAACCAUAAUAGAAUUUUACUGGAACAACUGAGAUUCAAAGAGAUAUGUAAUUAUUUUCUGAUUAUAUGUUGUAAAAUCCAUAAUAAUUUUAGAAAAUAAUGGAAGAGAUUAAAAUAAAUAAUAAUAAUACAAAUUCACAAUCUUAAUUAUAGCAACCUAUAGCCUAAAAUGAAUAGAUGGAUUUGCAGUUUGACAAUUUAAGAAGGAGAGUUGAUGAAUUGGAGUUUGAUCCUCAAUUUUCUAAUUCAAGUUAGGAUGACAUUACAGAUGAACCCUAGCUAAAAUCAAAUUAAUAGUAUACACUAUUUUGA